AUGGGCCAAACCAUAAUUCUCUUGUCAUUAUUUCUGUCUAUAGUUUUGAAUGUACAGAUCAGUUUCGCCGUUGCUGAGAGAAAGGUUUAUGUAGUUUACUUGGGAGAGAAGGAACAUAACAAUCCUGAGUCUGUCACUGAAUCUCACCAUCAGAUCUUGUGGUCACUUCUUGGAAGCAAAAAGUCUGUCCAUGAUUCAAUAGUGUACAGUUAUAGACACGGUUUCUCAGGCUUCGCUGCCAAGUUGACAGAGUCACAAGCCCAACAAAUUUCAGAACUGCCUGAAGUAGUACAAGUCAUACCAAAUACAUUAUACGAAAUGACAACAACAAGAACUUGGAAUUACUUGGGCUUAUCUCCAGGAAAUUCAAACGGUCUCCUACAUAAGGCCAACAUGGGAUACCAAGUAAUCGUUGGAGUCAUCGACACAGGAGUAUGGCCAGAGUCUGAAAUGUUUAACGACAAAGGCUAUGGACCUAUACCAAGCCGUUGGAAAGGCGGAUGCGAAUCUGGAGAAUCAUUCAACGCCUCGAUUCAUUGCAACAAAAAGCUGAUAGGAGCCAAAUACUUCGUUGAUGGCCUUGUUGCCGCGGCUGGAGUCGUGAAUAGAACAGAGAACCCUGAGUAUCUUUCCCCGAGAGACUUUAGUGGUCAUGGCACGCAUGUUGCCUCCACCAUUGGUGGUUCUUUUCUUCCUAAUGUAAGCUACUUAGGCCUCGGACAAGGAACUGCAAGAGGAGGUGCUCCAGGUGUUCAUAUAGCUAUUUAUAAGGCAUGCUGGCUUCAGAUAGGGACAUGUACAGGAGCUGAUGUCUUAAAAGCAAUAGAUGAAGCUAUCCAUGAUGGUGUUGAUAUUUUGUCACUCUCUUUGCAAUCUAGUAUUCCUUUAUUUCCAGAAACGGAUAUGAGGGAGUUGACCUCUGUGGGAGCAUUCCAUGCGGUUGCAAAGGGAAUUGCUGUUGUAGCUGCAGCUGGUAAUGCUGGCCCUACGGCUCAGACCAUUUCGAAUGUAGCUCCUUGGAUCUUGACGGUGGCUGCAACCACUCAAGACCGUUCCUUUCCUACAGCCAUAACACUUGGGAACAAUAUAACAAUACUGGGUCAAGCGAUCUUUGGAGGUCCAGAACUCGGUUUCGUUGGUCUUACUUACCCAGAGAGACCACUUUCCGGUGACUGCGAGAAGCUCUCUGCUAAUCCCGACAGUGCAAUGGAAGGCAAAGUUGUGUUGUGUUUCACAGCAAAUAAACCAACAAAUGCUGCUAUAACCGCAGUAAUAAAAGCCGGUGGCCUCGGGUUAAUCAUUGCAAGAAAUCCGACCCACUUGCUUAGUCCAACUCGUAACUUUCCAUAUGUUUCCGUAGACUUCGAGCUCGGAACUGACAUUUUAUUUUAUAUACGCUCCACAAGAUUUCCCAUUGUAAAUAUAGACGCUUCAAGAACACUUGUUGCACGAUCCGUGUCGACCAAGGUAGCAACUUUCUCAUCAAGAGGACCCAAUUCAGUUUCUCCUGCAAUUCUUAAGCCGGAUAUAGCAGCACCUGGUGUGAACAUACUAGCAGCUAUUUCUCCAAAUAGUUCUAUAAACGACGGAGGAUUUGCUAUGAUGUCAGGAACAUCAAUGUCUACUCCUGUUGUUUCAGGAGUUGUAGUGCUCCUCAAAUCAUUACACCCUGAUUGGUCUCCUGCUGCUAUUAAAUCAGCUAUUGUCACUACAGCUUGGAAAACAGAUCCAUCAGGAGAGCCAAUUUUCGCAGACGGGUCAAGCCGCAAGCUAGCUGAUCCGUUUGAUUACGGAGGAGGCCUCAUAAAUCCAGAGAAAGCUGUAAAUCCAGGUCUCAUAUACGACAUGACCACAGAUGACUACAUCUUGUACUUGUGCUCUGCUGAAUACAAUGACAUUUCUAUUUCCCGAGUCCUCGGCAAAGCAACAGUUUGUCCUAACCCCAAGCCUUCUGUUCUUGAUCUCAACUUGCCUUCCAUCACAAUCCCAAAUCUUAGAGAAGAAGUCACUUUCAAAAGAACCGUCACUAACGUUGGACCUCUGAAAUCAGUAUACAAGGUUGUAAUUGAUCCUCCAACGGGCGUUACUGUGACUGUAACGCCAACGGAACUAUUGUUCGACUCUACAAAUACAAAGCUAUCUUUCACUGUUCGAGUCUCGACCACACACAAAGUGAACACUGGUUACUACUUUGGAAGUUUGACUUGGACUAACGAUUUGCACAAUGUAGUCAUCCCUGUAUCUGUAAGAACACAGAUCUUACAACGAUACUAUGAUGAAAACUAAGCCGAAAACCAAGUACAAUUGAUAAAUAAUACUACAAUAUUGUUGUGUUGAAGAUUAUGUAAAGAAUACUAUUGAUAAAUAAAUAAUACCAUUGUCUAAGUUUUGUUGUUUUUAAAUCGGUAAA